AUGCCUAGCAGAGCUGUCAGUUCAAAGAUGUCUACUGUCUUAUUGGUUAGGAGUUAUUGGAUUAAUGCUGCAAAACCUUUCGACCAGGUUAGAAAACAAGCUCGUGAAAAACUGUGCCAACCAGAAGGAAAGCUCGUGGAAAAUUGUGCCAACCUAGAAGGAAAGCUCCUGGAAAAUUGUGCCGACCUAGAAGGAAAACUCUUGGAAAGUACAGCCAAAUUAGAAGAGAAGUUUAUGGAAAAUACUGCAAAUUUAAAGAAAGAAUUGGAAGAUAAAAUUAUGGAAAAAUCUUGCGAGUUGGAAAGACGGAUUUUAGAAACUUUGGAGGGCAGAAUUCAAGAAGUGCAAGGCAAGUUUGCCGCUUUAGAUGUCAAGACCGUCGACGUACGACAGCGUAGAUUUCCGUUGAAAAAAUCAAGUGAGGUUGGAGCUUCUGUUGGGUCAGCUGGUCAUCUGCGAAUGGAACCGCCUCAAUUUGAUGGUACAACGCCUUGGAAUGUCUAUCGACGUCAGUUUGAGGCAGCCGUGAAUGCAAAUGGUUGGUCAACGACCGAAAACGCAACUGCACUCACUUUGGCCCUACGAGGAGAUGCUGCAGCUAUUUUUCAAAGAAUAUCACCCGAAGAGCAAGAGGUCUACGAACAACUAGUAGGAUAUUUGGAGAUGCGAUGUGGCCAGGAAGUUUGGAAGAGUGCACGAAAGAUCUUCUAUCUGGUUACCGAGAAAGCUUCGUAUCAGAAACCGAAUUGCGAAGCUGUUUGGAACUCUUCAUGUUCGUUUAGAGAAGUCUUGCUGGCCGAGGACCUGAGAAAACUGGAAAUACCUAAGCUGGUAUGUGAAGUGGACAUCUUGGACUGGAGAAUCAUCCCAAGGUUGCUCGAGGAAAAAAUAAGUGAAUAAAUACAUCGUCAUGGAAGAGCUUGGUGCUAGUAUCUCAACCAAAGAUCUUCUGACGGAGCUAGUUAAGGCUCUCACAUCAUCGCGAACUGCACCUGAACAAGUAGAUUUACCAAUUUUCAGACCAGAUUUGAGCGAUGCAAAGAAAUGGCUUGCCGAGGUAGAAAGUAUAAAAAGUGAAUUUGAAUGGUCUGACCAACAGACCAUCGUGAGUUUGGGUCGAUUUUUAACAGGAAUCUCUAAAACGUGGUUUGCAAACUGGUCAUCAGAUGUAAAAAACUGAGACACUUUUGUACGUGACUUUUUGGAGGCUUUUCCACCCAAAAAUUUUUUUGGGAGAAUUACUUCUUAAAGCGUCUCAAUUCAAUAGUCACAACUGCAAUACGUACGAGGCGUAUGUCUGAGAAAGUUACUCUGAUUCGAAACCUACGGGCACACUGGGCUGAGACAGACCUUGUGAGAUAAUCAUCCACGGAAUUGUGGAACGUGACGUGCGUGUCACUGCCGGCAAUCAGAAUCAUAAAAAA